UAAUAUGGAAUAUUGUUGCAUUUGAGAAUUCUGUGUGAUGAUGCAUAUAUCCUCUACUUGUUGUGUUUGGUAUGUAAGUAGUGUGCUUUUACUUGGGGGCUCGGUUUUUUGGUCUUGGAUUGUGAAUAAACCACGACAGUGCUGUAAGUCGAGCGACUCGCACCGCUCAGACCACUUCGCUGAUCUUUUAAACCACCAGGGACCUGGGUCUGCAAGACGCCGGGGGGAUCAUACUGCUUGGCCACGCGAGAGAGAAACUGGACGUUCUCGCCGUAACCCUCUAGCAGGUUCUGGGACUUGUCUGCAUAGUUGAGAUAGACUUACUCGUUGUCAGAACCGAUCGACUGAGCGUAUGCAUCGAGGUCGCUUAGGGCGGUCCGACCGAGGCGAGGGAAGAGAACGUCAUCUCUUUCGUCGUCUCAG